AAGUUGGGGGAGUUAUUUUAAUCCUAUUUUGUCGACUUGAAAGUAGUUCUAUCUACUUUCUUUUGUUCGAGCUAGUUAUGAUCGUGAUUCAGUACUAAAUACGUCACACGAUGUUUAACUUUACUUAACUUACGUACAGAAAUAAAAUUUGAUAUCUAUUGUAUAGAAUUGAAUAGCGGCUAUAAUUUGAAGUGUAAUAUCUAGGGUAAAGUGAAGGUUUUACAUGGAGGAUAUGAUGUGGAAAUUUUAAAAGGUGAGUCCAUAACUAUUUGAGAAUGGACUUGUUGAUGAGGAUGCAGCGUGACACAGAGUCCGCGGAUGCACCCGAGACAAAUGCAGCGGCCAGUAAUGAUACAGUGCCAGCAGCUGCCGUAACCACGACAACAGAAGCAGAUAAAUCGGCUGCUGAGAAAAUCGAACAAAAGGUCAUGGAACAGAUUCAAAAUUUGCCAGUAUGGGCAUUGGUUGCAAUAUGUGCUGGGGCUCUUCUCAUUUUGAUCUGCUGCACAUAUUGUAUAUGCAAACGAUGUUGCUGCAAGAAGCGCAAGAAGAAAGAUGGCAAAAAAGGCCUUAAAGGUAUUGUGGGAUUGGAAGAUGUGAAAAUUCUUGGACAUUCUAUGAAAGAAAAGGUGCAGCCAGAUCUAGAUGAAUUGGAGGUUAACAUGGAAGAUAACGAAGAUGCUGAAAGCACAAAAUCAGAAGUUAAACUUGGCAAACUGCAGUUCUCAGUCGACUUUGAUUUCCAAAAAGGGGAGUUGGCAGUUGGGGUAAUUCAAGCAGCAGAUUUGCCAGGGAUGGACAUGUCCGGCACAUCUGACCCGUAUGUAAAGGUGUAUCUUCUCCCGGACAAAAAGAAGAAGUUUGAGACCAAAGUCCACCGGAAAACAUUGAAUCCAGUGUUCAAUGAGACAUUUGUAUUUAAGGUCCCAUUUGCUGAAGUGGCAUCAAAGACGUUGACAUUUGCAGUUUAUGAUUUUGAUCGGUUCUCUAAGCAUGACCAGAUAGGUCAGGUUCAAGUCCCACUGAACUCAGUUGACCUGGGAAAGACUCUAGAAGAGUGGCGUGAUUUGGCAAGCCCAGAAAAUGAAGAAAAGGAAAACAAGCUUGGGGACAUCUGUUUUUCUUUGAGAUAUGUUCCAACUGCGGGUAAACUCACAGUUGUCAUCCUUGAAGCCAAAAAUCUGAAGAAAAUGGACGUGGGUGGAUUGUCAGAUCCCUAUGUUAAAAUUUCGUUGAUGCAAAAUGGGAAAAGGGUUAAGAAGAAGAAAACUACAAUAAAAAAGUGUACCCUGAACCCGUAUUAUAACGAGUCCUUUACGUUUGAGGUUCCUUUUGAACAGAUACAGAAAGUCACCUUGAUCAUAACAGUGGUUGAUUAUGAUCGUAUCGGAACCUCGGAGCCGAUCGGACGGGUACUUCUUGGCUGCAACUCCACCGGCACUGAACUACGUCAUUGGAGUGACAUGCUGGCUAACCCCAGGCGUCCUAUUGCCCAGUGGCAUACUCUACAAGAAGUUCCUGAGAAAAACUAGAGACACAGUCAAGCAUAGAGAGAGGCAAUGGAAUUCUGGGAAAAACAUAUUGUCUUUGUAAUACCAGUCUAUGAAAAGCAGAAGUGACUUGUAAAAUAAACUUGAUUUCAUUUCUUAAAUAAAAAACAUUACGUAGAACUGUAGAAAAAAAGUCAUCAGUUUUGGGACCAAGGUUUCUGUGAGAGAAUGUUUUAUGAACUUAAUGUUUCUAUAUAUAUACAUAUAUCUUAAUAUGAUAUUACUUUAUAUUUCACAGUAUGACAGGAAUUGUCAUAAACUUCUAUAAAAUCACAUAUAUUAUACAUUAUGCUUGGAUGUUGUUUAUCGAUAAAGAUACAAAUUUUGAUUCUUUUGUUUAAUCAGUAUUUACUUGUGUUUUCUUUUCACAUGAUCAGAAAAUUAGGUAAUAAAAUGUUUAACGUAAAACUGUUUUGAUUCUAGAUAGAAACAGUUAUUCUAGAUCUAUAUUCACAUCUGGUUAGAUACUCUUACUUUAUUAAUCUUAAACACUGUAGCAUUGAGUGCAGGUGUACUCAUAUAUGAUCUACUUAAAUAAACUGUACAUGUGAAUUUAAAGUCAAAAUUAUUGUGUGAUAUGAUAGAAGUAUAAGGUAUAUUUAAGAAUCAUUGUGAUUUCUGAAAUCUCAACUAUCACAUCAACAGCUGCUGUCCAUGCCACAUUUUUCUUGGUGUUCCAAUAUAAAAUAUUACAAGUCAGCCUGAUAACGAGGAAAUAAUUCAGGAUAUAGUUUUUAAAAUUACUUUUAAGACUUUGAUAAAUUCUUAAAUAUGAAACAUGUUCAGGUUGCACUAAGAUUUGUGCCUAAUAUUUAAAAAACAAAAACAAAAAUCUGAAAAAGCAACAACAACAUAACACCAUACACGAUUGAUGCCAAACAAUAGAAUAAACACACCUAUGUUUGCAUUGAUUUUAAAGAAGAAUUGAUUUAACAUGGAGCUUUAUAUAAUGUAUUAAAAGUCACUGGUUUGAAAUUUUAUUUUAAAACUGAAUGAUUAAUAAUCAUACCCAUCAAUUUAUCAUGUCUGACGUAAUUGAAACUUAUAGUAAGCGACAUCAAAGUAAUGAAUGCAAUGUAUUUGUUUGAUUUUUUCAGAUAAUUUCAUACAUAAGACACUUGUUUGUAUGCUGGUGUGUUUAGUUUUGUUUGAACAUGUGCCAGCAUAAAAAGGGAAUUUCUUAAAUGCAUGUGAAAGAUUGUAAAUGAACAUAAUUAAUGAUGGGGUGUGAUGACUCAGUUGUUUGGGUGACCUUGUUGUCAGGGUAACUGCCUAUCAACAGUGAAUUCAGUACUUGUACUCGUAGUAGGCGAAUAACGAGUGUUGAACCCAUCCCUGCACAACAUAGGGACCUUAAGUUUGAGCCCUACUGUUGUCACAGUCAUGUUUCCUCAUAUGACACCAGCAAGGUUUGUUCCAGAAAGCAGACCUGAGAGUGGCUCGAAUUAGCUACAUGCUUUUUUUCACCAUUGAAAUUUAAACGAUAAUGUUCUAAAUCAAAGUUUAACAUUCUUUUAUUUUAUUUUUAUUUUUUUUGUUUUUUCAUUGAAAUCUCAGUAAAUAACAUACUAGUUUAAUACAUGUUAACAUACGAGAAUACAGACAAGUGUGUUAUAAUCAUUAUUUGUAGUAUUUAAUAAGAAUUGGUUGUAAAUGUGUAUAAAUUAACAUUAUCUCAUACAUAAUAAGUCAUCACAUUUCUGUAUAGCAUGUUGUAAUGUGUAGAGAAAAAAAACUUUUGUCAUGUGACAACAAAAAAAAAUAUAAAAA